AUCACCGCGUGUAAAUUGUCUUUUUGGCAAUGUUUGGCCCGCACAGCGCGGUUGGGAUAAAAGAUCCGAGCCAGUCAUUUUGAACGUCUAUCUUCGUUUCGACGUUGUCGACAUCCGAAACGCAUCAUGUCCAACAUUAUCACGGUCUUCGCUAAGCAUGGCGGACGCCUUCACGAGAUCCGAGUGGAUAUCGAUCAAUCUUCCCUGGUCCUCAAGCAGAGCUUGGUCGAGGCGACUGGUGUACCCAUUGAGCGAAUGAAGGUCAUGCUCAAAUCCGGUCUGCUGAAAGACUCGGAGCACUUGACAAGUACGGGCUUGAAAGAUAGGCAGACAGUCACCGUUAUUGGUACUGCGGAUCCAAUCCCCAGAGCCCCCGCACAGGUCAUACGCCAAGAUUCAGAUCAUGAGCCAGCUCCACAGACCCCGCAUGAACCGGUGGGACUGGUCAAUUUAGGGCAAACUUGCUACCUAAACUCCAGCAUUCAAUUAAUACAACAGAUUCCUGAACUACAGACAGCUUUGGAGAAGCUGGAGGUUUCUCGAUCAACGCCCGAGGGGCGAUUCGCCUCGUCCGUCAGAACGCUCUCAAAAAAUCUUCAAACAUCGUCAAAACCAAUCAUCCCCCUCGAACUCCUCGGCUGUCUUCGGGACAUCGCCCCUCAGUUUGCAGAACGCGAUGAACGGGGCAAUUUCGCGCAACAAGAUGCCGACGAGGCAUUCACCCAAAUCCUGACAGCCCUGCGAAGCGGGAUCAUGGAGGACACAGAUGUUGCAACUGUCAUCAACAGGUACAUGUCAAUCGAGAUGACUAAGACUCAACGAUGUGUGGAGGCCGAAGAGGAGCCUACAAUCGCAACUGAGAAAAUUUUCAAGCUCGAAUGCAAUAUUGCAAUCGAUACGAAUUUUCUGGUCUCCGGGAUUCAAUCUCAUUUCGACGAACGUAUCGAAAAACGCAGCUCUGCGCUUGGCAGGACAGCGCUCUACGACCAACACACAAAGCUUUCAAGGUUGCCCGCAUAUCUCGCUGUUCAUCUUGUCCGAUUUUACUGGCGUCGAGACAUCGGCAAAAAGGCAAAAAUCAUGCGAAAAGUAGUCUUUCCUGAUCGACUAGAUCUGCUUGACUUGGUUACGGAUGACUAUCGAGCCCGAAUACAAACUGUGCAUCACGCUGCCCGUGAGAUCAUACAGAAUCGAGAUGCGCGAGGAGCCGCUUUGAGGAAACGGGAUGCCAAUAUAUCAGGCGGAGAUGAGGAAACCUCUCUAAGAGAAGAGGAGAGGAGGCGCCUCGAUGGCAUCAUCUCGUCAAAUGUCGGCGUUGAUGUUGGGGCGAACCCGACAGCUAUAUAUGAGCUUUGUGGCAUGAUUACGCAUAAAGGUGCAUCUUCUGAUUCGGGACACUACAUUGCGUGGACGCGCAAUGCUUCCCAGGAGACAGAUUCGAAGACUUGGGACCAGUUUGACGAUGAUAAGGUCACGCCAGUUGACAGCGCCAAGGUCCUAUCCUUGAAUGGAGGAGGCGAAGCGUCUGUGGCUUACAUUCUCCUGUACAGACCAGCAGUUAUGUGAACAAUAAGAAACACAAGAAACAAAAAAAGAACGCCCGUCCACCGGUCGCGGCCGGCGAAUUGAACUUCAUUGUGCAUCGUGUGUUGCAUGCAUACAAUAGAGAC